AUGGUCAGCGCAACGCCAUCAAUGUCGGCACCAACAACCAAACCACUGCACAAGUAUGGAGCUUUCGAUAUGGAUGAGAACGCGAUUUUCCGUGCUUUCAUAGUGAUAGGCGGAAUUUUCUUGAUAACAGCUAUUUACUGUAUCAUUAAAUGUUGCAGGACCAGAGCAACGCGGAGUCGAGUACGAAAAUAUGACCUCAUGUCGGCUAAGGAUCUACAACGAACGGCACUGGCCGUGGAUUCGGAUUCUGAAGAUGACCUUUUCGAACCGUCUUCUUCAGAUCGUCAAAAAUUGGAUGAAGCGGAACUCCCAGAAAUGUUUGAGCUUCCAUUUCCAAACUAA